GCAGGAACUUUUCCGACUUCCUGAACGGGCAUUGUAUUCAAUAUUAACCAUUUCUAACAUGUAUUUAAAUAACCCUAAGGAACUUUCAGUUGAUUCAACUUGGAAACAUUUUAAUUGACUUAAAUGCGCCCUUCGACUUUUUUACGGUACAGUUUCACUUGGUAUUACGGUAACGUGAGGGAGGCGUCCUUUGCGUCGGAAUGUACCAUUUUCGCCAAGACACCGGGAAGGAUUCUGUUGUGACAGCGUAAUAACAACCCGGCGGGGGUAGACGGUCAUAAAAUAAGUGUCUUCAUCUUGGAUCAACAAUGGCCUUCAGCAAAGGAUAUCGCAUUUACCACAAACUGGACCCCCCCCCCUACAGUGUUAUAGUGGAAACUAGAGGCAAAGAAGAAUGCCUCAUGUUCGAAUCGGGGGCCGUUGCUGUUCUUUCUGCAGCAGAGAAGGAUGCCAUUAAAAACACAUACGCCAAGAUUGUUGAUGCCUAUGGCAUCCUGGGCGUCCUCCGCCUAAACCUGGGUGACUCCAUGCUCCACAGUCUGGUGGUUGUGACAGGAUGCAGCUCUGUGGGGAAGGUGCAGGAUUCUGAGGUUUUCAGGGUCACACAGACAGACUUUAUAUCGCUGAAGAAUGAUCCAGCGGAUGAGGACCGGAUUGCUGAAGUGCGAAAGGUCCUGAACUCAGGACACUUCUACUUUGCCUGGUCUGCCUCUGGAGUUAGCAUGGACCUGAGUCUAAGUGCACAUCGCAGGAUCCUAGAGGACACAACAGAUAACCGCUUCUUUUGGAACCAAUCUCUGCACCUGCACCUGAAACACUACGGAGUAAACUGCGACGACUGGCUGUUGAGGCUGAUGUGUGGCGGUGUGGAGAUCAGGACCAUCUACGCAGGGCACAAACAGGCCAAGGCGUGCAUCUUCUCCCGCCUCAGCUCAGAGCGAGCCGGCACCAGAUUCAACGUCCGAGGAGCCAAUGACGACGGACAGGUGGCCAACUUUGUGGAGACAGAACAGGUUAUCUUCCUGGAUGACAAAGUAUCAUCCUUCAUACAGAUCCGUGGGUCCAUUCCUCUUUUCUGGGAACAGCCAGGAAUUCAGGUCGGCUCUCAUCGUGUCAAGCUGUCAAGAGGAUUUGAGGCAAAUGCGCCCGCAUUCGAAAGACACUUCACCACACUGCGAAGGUUGUAUGGCAAACAGGUGAUCAUCAACCUGCUUGGGAGUAAGGAAGGGGAACACAUGCUCAGCAAAGCUUUUCAGAGUCACCUGAAGGCAUCCGAGCAUGCAACAGCGGUAAAAAUGGUGAACUUCGACUACCAUCAAAAUGUGAAGGGGGGAAAGGCCGACAAACUGCACAGUGUCCUGAAACCCUACCUCAGCAAGUUCAUAGAGGAGUGUGGCUUCUUCUACUACUCUGGAGAGACGGGCAUUGCAAGAACUCAAGGUGGGACCCUAAGGACAAACUGCCUGGACUGUCUGGACAGAACCAACAGUGUUCAGGCUUUCUUUGCCCUUGAGAUGCUACCAAAGCAGCUGGAGGAAAUGGGGCUGACAGAGAAACCCCAGCUGGUGGCCAGGUUCCAGGAGGUUUUUAGAACCAUGUGGUCGGCAAACGGCGACUCCGUCAGUAAGAUCUACGCGGGCACCGGUGCUCUGGAUGGCAAGGCCAAGCUAAAAGAUGGCGCUCGUUCUGUGACGAGGACCAUCCAGAACAACUUCUUCGACAGCUCUAAGCAGGAGGCCAUAGACAUCCUGAGGCUGGGCUCCACACUCAACAGCGAUCUGGCGGACAAAGCUCGAGCCUUGCUCACCACUUCCAGUCUUUAUGUCACUGAGCCCAUCUUGCAAUCAGCCUCUCCAAGAGUACUGCUGGGAAUGUGUCAGAACUACCAUAAAUACACGAAGCCCAAGCAGAUCCGCGUGUGUGUCGGCACCUGGAAUGUUAACGGGGGUAAACAGUUUCGCAGCAUUGCUUUCCGAAACCAGACGCUCAACGACUGGCUGUUGGAUGCUCCAAAGAAGGCAGGCCAUCCUGAUUUCCAGGACAGCAAAGCCAACCCCCCAGAUAUCUUUGCUAUUGGCUUUGAGGAAAUGGUUGAACUGAAUGCUGGAAACAUUGUCAGUGCGAGCACUACAAACCAGAAACUCUGGGCAGCUGAGCUACAAAAAAACUUAUCACGGGACCACAAGUAUGUGUUGCUGGCUUCAGAGCAGCUGGUGGGAGUCUGUCUGUUUGUUUUCAUCCGCCCACAGCACGCACCCUACAUCAGGGAUGUUGCUGUGGAUACUGUAAAAACUGGGAUGGGCGGGGCUACAGGGAAUAAAGGAGGUGUGGCCAUCCGCAUGCUCUUCCACACCACCAGCAUCUGCGUCGUCUGCUCCCACUUUGCUGCUGGCCAGUCACAGGUCAAGGAGAGAAAUGACGACUACAAUGAGAUCACGCGCAGGCUGACUUUCCCCAUGGGUCGUCUGCUGUACUCGCAUGACUACGUUUUCUGGUGCGGAGACUUCAACUAUCGAAUCGGCCUGCCCAAUGAGGAAGUGAAAGAGCUCAUCAAACAGCAGAACUGGGAUGCCUUGACAGCUGGGGAUCAGUUGUUUGACCAGAAAAAUGCUGGUUUGGUUUUCCGUGGUUUUAUCGAGGGCAAGUUAGAUUUUGCUCCCACCUAUAAGUAUGACCUCUUCUCAGAGGACUAUGACACCAGUGAGAAGUGCCGCACACCGGCCUGGACCGACCGCAUACUCUGGAAGAGGAGGAAGUGGAACUUCGACAAAACAGCUGAGGAGAUGAAUGUAGUAGGAGCCAGUACUACGUCUGGGGAGAACGAGGACGAUCCGGACAACCCCUGGAACCCUGGGACGCUGAAGUUCUACAACAGGGCUGAGCUUAAGACCUCAGACCACAGGCCUGUGGUGUCGAUCAUAGACGUGGACAUCCUGGAGGUGGACCCCGAGGCGCGGCACCAGGUCUACAAAGAGGUCAUCGCCCUGCAGGGGCCACCAGACGGGACCAUCCUGGUGUCACUCUGCGCCUCCGGCCCCGACGAUUACUUCAGCGAUGAGCUCAUAGACGAGCUGCUGGACAAGUUUACUAACUUUGGGGACGUCAUCCUCAUCAGGUUUGUGGAGGAGAAGAUGUGGGUGACUUUCCUGGAAGGUUACUCUGCUCUUGCUGCUCUUUCUCUCAGCGCUUCCACUGUCCUCGGCAAGAUGAUCGACAUCCGUCUUAAGAGUCCAGGCUGGAUCAAGAAUCUUGAGGACGAGAUGAGCGUGGAGAGGAUCUGUGGAAGCAUCCCCACCUCAGCGAGCUCCACGCUGCUCGCUGAAGACACGGACAUGGGCGAUGAGGAUUACGAUAUGGAAGGUGAUGUGGACGAUGAGGUGGAGGAGAUCCUUCCCCAGCACCUUCAGCCUGGAGCAGGGUCCGCCCCUGGGUCCUCUCCCCUCCCCUCCCCCCGCGGCAGUCCCUGUCCCUCCCCCACCCACGGAGAACCUCCCGGCCCCAGCAGGCCGAGUCGUGGAGGACCCUCCCGACCAACACAGGGGCCUCCUGUUGACUUCCAGCCCGGUGCCCCUACAUCUAUGGAGUCCAAACGCCCUCCGCCCCCUCGGCCCGGCGCCCCCCCAGCCAGACCAGCACCCCCUCAACGCCCACCGCCACCUUCAGGAGGCAUGAGCCCUCUGCCAGUUAGAAGGCACUCUGGAGGACCAAAAAGCCCCGCUCUUCCUCGGCCUGAGGCCGCUACAGCGCGAGGCCAGGUAGCAGUGGGGUCUACUGGACCUGCAGGUGCUCCCAGACCAAAUAUCCCUCCUCGAGCCGGGGUGAUCAGCAUACCCCCUCAGUCUCGCCAACAACCUCCCUCUCACCCUGGAGCCCCCAGGCCCAUCACAGAGGUGCAUCCUGGGGCCCCUCGACCCAUCCCAGACAACCACCCCGGGGCCCCGCGACCUGCUCUGGCCAAACCCACGGACCUGCCUCUGGGUAUUCCUCCAGCAGAGCCCCAGAUAGCGAGACCCCAGGCUCCGCCCCCCCUGCAGGCCCCCAUGCAGGCCCCCAUGCAGGCCCCCAUGCAGCCCCACUCAGCGGCCCCUGCAGCUCAGCCCCAGAUCCAGGCCCCCAUGCAGGCCCCCAUGCAGGCCCCCAUGCAGGCCCCCAUGCAGCCCACCCUUCAAGCUCCACUCCAGCCGCAGCAGGCUCCUAAAGUCGGGCCCCCUGCUUCUUCUGCUUCUGCUGCCGCUGCCUCUGCAGGGUCUCCGCAGGGCCUCGCCUCUCCCAAACCCCCCCCACGCUCCCGCUCCUCUCAAGCUCUGCCACCUGAGGCUGCCAAGACUGAAGCAGCCCCAGCUGCCCAGACGAAUGGACUGAAUGGAAUCCAAAGAGAAGCACAAUGGAAGCCGGACCCCUUCGACCCACUCACCUCUGAUUUACUCCCCUCCUCCUCCCCCUGGCACACCACCCAGUCCCUGAACAGAGGCGCCUCUCUGCGUGCCCCCCCCUCUGUUCCUGUAUCCUCCAAAACUCUCCCUUUAUCCUUCUCCCUCCAGUCCUCCGCCCUCUCCGACCUGCAGCCGCUCGACUCUUCCUCCUCCUCCUCUUCUUCCACCGCGUCCCCUUUCUCCUCCUCCCUGCUCCCGCCUCCUCCGGUCCCGUCUCGUAGCCGCUCUCAGGAGACGCUGUGGGCCCCCCCCGGCCCCCUCCUUCCCGACCCGCUCCCCGCCCGGCCCAGCAGCACCAACCCCUUCACGGGCCCUCUGGCGCAGCGGUAUCAGCCCAGCCGCCCGCUCACCCCGGACUUCAGCUCCGUCCCGACGCCAAACAUUCAGAGGACCAUGUCUGCGUUCACUCAGCCCCUCAUCCCCAUGUCUGCUCCAACAGCAGCGGCCCCCUCCUCCCAGCUCCAGAAGACCACGUCCCUGUUUGGACCGUCGCCGGCUUUCAACCCCACAGCUGACCCUCUGCUCCCCCUCGCCCCGUCUCCUGUCCCCUCCUUGCCUCUGGCUCCUCCCUCCUCCAUUCCCCCUGUCCUCGCACCUCGUCGCCUGCCACCCCCCUCAGUAGGUAAACCCACAAAGAGUUGGGUCACUUUUGAUGAUGAUUUGGAUUUUCAACAUCCAACCAAAACGCCACAGGCCCCCGUCUUCCCUUCAAGUUCCCUCGUGGGACAAACACAGACUCUCCCCUCCCGCUCUGUUGACUCGGAGCCCGACUGGUUAUCCUCGGUCCCUUCAGUAUUCCCAACGCUCCCUCCUCCCAUCCCGACCAGAACUGUACCCAGCAACCCAAACCUCCCAGAAGGUCUGAGCGACAACUGCUCGUUCCCAACAGAAAGCUGGGAUCACUCUUAAUACAUAAAGGGCAUAUCCAGAUAUGUAUAGAUCUAUGAUACAUGUGUAUAUGUGUGUGUAUGUACAAAAUAGAGUAUUUAAAAGGUAUAGACCAAUCCCCUUCUGAUUCACAGGAACGUAAUAGUUAUCUUCAGCAGUAACAUGUGUGAGCCUGUGUGCUACGUUUCCCACAGAGAUGUUUGCUUAUCCCUUUACAUUUAUUUGAAUAUGAAUUGUUCUGAUGUUCAUUUUUUUCUUCAGGGCAGCAAACUCGUGCCUGUGUCUACAUUAUAGAACUAUAUAAAGUACAUCUAUACGCACAAAUCAUAUGUUUAGCCACCUGUGCAAUAUAUAGACAUGUAUGUGUGGCCGUGCAGCAAACUGCAUUCGGCUGCGAGGCUCAGUGUUACCUUUUUGACUGACAUCAGAGCACGCUUCUUAAAGUAGAGAGGAAUCCUCUGCCUUCUCCGUUUACAGGAAGUAGAAGGCUAUGCACUGAAGGUUUUACAUAGUCCAAAAUAGUCUGUGUGUUCUGGUAUUUUGUGUCUAAUGAGUGCACGUUUAAAAUGCAUAUUGUGCGCUCGCUUUGAACUUGAAUGUACUUUUUGUUGCACUGGGUUGUCAUUGCCUCCUCCGCAAGAAAGUGUCAUAGCCAGUCAAACUGUUCACUGCCGCUGGACUGACUGUCAUCCAGUUGAUAGUAAGACGUUAUGUUCUUCCUCUCUCUAUUCCUUCAUCAUUCCUUGUACGUGGGCUGUUGCUCUUAGCUGAAUAUAUUUUGGAGCUCUAUAUCAAAACCUAUACAUAGUGAUUUAUGUAUAAAUGUAGGUUUUCAACAUGGAACCGAUUCGCUAUAUGUGUAUAUUGUGUUUGUGAUGGCUGUAUCAGUGGUUUGCACAAUGUUACUGAUAUGCACUGACAUGAGCUCUCUUGGUUGUAGUCUUGCUGAUGGCAGAAUGACAAAUGAGAGCCAGCGGGUUGAGCAGAUGACCUUUCCACCUCUGCAGUGUUUUUAUUCUUCCUGAUUUAUCCAAAGCAUUUAAACACACUAUUGUAAGUUCAGAGAAUGUGGCCGGUGCGUUACUCAAAGUACUAUGAUUCGGGUCAGUAAACAUGGCGGCCAAGCCAUGCCUAAUAAGAAGAGGGCACAUUUUUUUACUUCAGCUUUUGUUCAUUGCACAAGACAUGCUUUUAAUUUCUCAGAACAUUUACUCUAAAUAUCUAUUGUUAAUAUCUGUGGUGAGAAGUAAUGUGUCGUGUUUGAGGUGCAUAUCGUCUGUUGCCGUGUUUGGAUGUGAGUGUGUGUGUACGGAGUUAGGGGUGGAAAUGAUCAGAGCUUUUCACCUUCUCAUUUAAGACGCAGUGUAUUUGCUGAACUAACAGCCACUGUAUUCACUAGCGCAUGGCUGUCACUGUAUUUCCGCUCUAUAGCCUCCAAGGGCUGUGGAGGGGCCUCGCUGUAUGCAACAAUGUUAACAAAGACAAAGGACUCUUAUUCCUCAAAGCACCAACCACCUUGACUGAAUAUACAGACUCAACUACACUGUAUCUGAAAAGCAUCGCCCGAUUAUCAUUUCCAGCUGACUGUUUGUUGUGUCCCUCCCAGGCGCAGUGGCCCACAUUCCAGACAGUAGUGUGGUUUGACGUUUGAAGGUCCGCCUGUAAUAUCUAACCCAUAGCUGUUUCCUCCAGUUGAGAGUAAUUGUUACUGAGCCUCGCUGAUUUCGUAACCAUCCAUGGGGUGCGUGUGGUGUUGUCAGAGGUGAUGUGUUUUCCCCUGUACUACCUGCUGUUGAGUUGUAAAGGUCAGCAUCAAUGAUGAGAAGUAUUUUUGCAAAAGUAUCGGUAAAAGUGUGGUCCUAUAAUCAUUUUGAUGGCUCCUUGAAGAUGACACAAGAAAGUACCAGCUAACUAACGCUUCUGCAAAUGUCAAACAAAUAUAAAUAAUCUUCAUUCUCUGCACUGAAUGCAGUAGCUAUCUAUGUAAGCAAGUGUAUCAGGUCGCCUUUGCUUACUUGUCGGUGUCAUCACUAAAAUGCAUUUAUUGUGUUAUCCAAAUGUGUGCAGUAGAUUCUGUAGGUGACUAGCCAGCGCUUUGUGUCAUGUCAUGUACAAGAUGAGAUUUUAUAGGAAACAAAUUGCUCUUUUUGUGAGGUUGGUGUCCCUUUUUAUGGCUAUAAUCCAUAGUAAAUGAAGAGUCUGUGUUGUUGAACAUAUUCUGUAUGUAUUCAAGAGAAAACAUGAAGCUGCGAUUCGUGUUAAUAUCCAACGUUCCAUAUUUUAAGUGCACAGGAGAUUGCACAUUUAUGUAUGAAGCUGUUUAUGUUGUAUGUAUGCAAAAAUAAAUGUAAGUCGACCCUA